GGCGAUCGUAAUCUUAAGUAUCAGUGAGCCCGCUCCAAAUGCCUAAAAAUGCAUAAGAACGACUAUGGCUUCUUACAAUCGCGUCAUAAACAUCACAAGCGGCAUCAGAACGAAGAAUUUGACGAGGAACUGAAUACUUUGUUCAAUAAAAAGUUUCGUUUUCGUUUCGACUCGGAUUGGAAGCUACCGCCUGCUGACGCUUGGUUCUCGGCGCCGCCGUGGAAGGUGAAGGAGCUGGAGACGCUAAAGAGCCGCCUGAAUUUCCACAAGAGUCAGUUGAACGACUUUGAUAUCGAGGAGUGGAGCAGUCAUACUCGGCGGCGGAACCCCUCCGGUGAGGUGUGUUGGAAGAUCAGGUGCCUGGUGAACCCAGAAUUCCUGACACAAGCUUGGACAAAGUUCUAUGAGUGUGCGUGCUCCUACCGGAUCAUUCCGCCCGAAGCUGUGAUAUCCCGCGAGAUGGUGUCCCUGCAUCUCUGUGAGGCUCCGGGGGCAUUCAUAACUUCACUCAAUCAUUAUUUGAAGCAGAAUUAUGAAGAAAUUGAGUGGAAAUGGCUAGCUAACACCCUGAACCCGUACUAUGAGGGCAACUCGCCGAGCAACAUGAUCAGCGAUGACCGCUUCAUGCUGCACACUCUGCAGCACUGGCACUUCGGUACCGACAACACGGGCAACCUGAUGGAUUGGACUAACAGCCGGGCUAUAGUCGAAGACGCCAAUAAGCUGGGCAAGGUGCUCCUGGCGACGGCCGACGGCUCCAUCGACUGCGUGCAGAAGCCCGACGCGCAGGAGGAGGCCACGUCGCCGCUGCACUACUGCGAGACCGUCACCGCCCUGCAGGCUCUCAGCCCGGGAGGCACAUUCGUGUUCAAACUGUUCACCACAUUCGAGCACUCGACCGUGGGGCUGCUCUACCUCCUCAACCACCUCUUCGGCCAAGUCAACAUCUACAAGCCCGUCACCUCCCGCCAGGGCAACUCCGAGGUCUACGCCAUCUGUCUCCAGUACAAGGGAAGCGAUCAGCUCAAGGAAUACUUACCGAAGCUUGAGUCCGCCUAUGGAACACAUUUGUACAGCGACAAAUCACUUUUCAGUCUCGAGAACAUCCCGGAGACUUUUAUUAAACAGGUCGAGGAGUGUGCCUUUUACUUCAGCAGCCUCCAAUGUCAAGUCAUCAAUAAUAAUUUACAGGCUUAUUUGAUGCAGAAUAGCAUACCGUUUGCAAUAGAUGUGAAGAAACUAAGAUCGGUUGUAGCGGCUGAGUUUAUAAGACAAUAUGAUUUGAGACCGCUCGAUUAUGAGCAAGAAGUUCUUAAAGGAGUGCUUCAUGAAGAAAAUAAAGUUAAUACUAACCCUAGAUACCAUAGAGGAUCUUAUACAGAGAGACAGUUGUAUGCAAAAAUGACUUUAAAAGAGAAAUGUAUGAGUUUAAGCCGCUUCCUACGAACGGAUAUUUUAAAUUUACUCAUAUUUAUUAAAGAAACCAUAAGAUGGAAGAGCUUCUACGAUAAAGAUGUGGAAAUUGAUACGGUGUUCACUUACGGGUUGCCGUUGCAGAGAGUCAACAGUUCCAAAUUCAUAUUCGUUCCAAUAUUCAAGUUGUAUCAGCAGAUAUUAGCGGAAGAAGAAUUUGUGAAUGUGAUCCAAGGCACAUCGAAGGAUACUAUACCGUUAGAUGUGAUGGGUGAAAAGCUCAUACUGCCGGAUUUAGAGAACGGAGAGAGCUAUAAUGACUAUGAGAAACGCUGCUUUUUAAUAUUACUAGUCGCUCUAAGAAACUUGUCUCUCGGAGAGUCUUUGAUAUUAUCAAACUUUGGAACGUUAACUCACUUCAACAUAAGCGUCUUAUACGUUUUAAGCAAGAAAUGCUUCGAAAAGACCGGAUUUUCGUCUGAUGCUAUUAUACUAAGCAAUAUGUCCAGUAAGGAAGGCCUGCAGAUUCUAGAAGACGUCGAAAGUGAGCGUGUGAGUGGGAGGGAGUGUGGGACAGGGACGCAGGACGUGUGGAACUUUUUGCCAGUGCAACUGACCAAUGUCGGCGAGUUCUUCGGGAGCGUUGUGUUAUAUAACAAUACGUUUUAUAGAAACCGGUGUGUGGAGUAUCUGGACUUGUUAGAACAAACGCUGUGCAAUAAUGAACAAGUGUAAAUAUAAACAUUUUUUGAACA